UGAUACCCACUUCACAAAUCUUUGGAAUAAGGUGUUUCAAUUAACUAAUAUAGUUAAUAGUACUAUCAAAAAAUAACAUUAUCAACAAUCUGCUCCUACUUAUAAAGUUACAUUAUUGUCUUAUAACGUCUUACUGAAAAAUAAUUAGUCAUCGCAUAUCUGUGGUCCAACAUAGAUCACAUAAAUGCAGGAACGCGAUAGUUUCUUAUGUCGUAAGGACAACCAAAUCCAAUUUUUCACGAAAUAAAAAAGUUGAAUAGUUUGAUAUUUUCAUUUUAAGACGUUUAUACCAUGUUGUCUAAACAAAAUUAUUUACUUUUUCCAAUACUGUGCUAUUGUUCUUUUACAUAUUUCACAAUUUUUCCUAUUUUGGCUAAAUUUUCAAAUGAAGUUAAUAUUCUUGAAGCAACAGACUUGACAGAACAAAGUACUGGUGUCAGUUUCACUUAUGGACGUUGUAAAAAUAAAACGGCUUACAAAUUAAACGAAAGAGCUAUGUUAACUGUGCAAACAUCACAAAUUUUUACAGAAUUAGAACACUUUCCUCUGGAUUUUUCAAUAAUCUCUAUAUUAAGAGUAGAUCAAGGUUCAGUAAGAAAUGCUGUCUUUACUAUUUACAAUGAAGCGGGCGAAGAGCAGUUAGGUCUAAUUUUAGGAAAUGAUAUUCAGUUACUUUAUAAUGACAUUGAAGCACGAGACGAUCAAAAAAACAUUCUUAGAUUUGAAUACGAAGUUAACGAUGGCCAAUGGCAUAAAUUAUCAUUCAGCGUUAAAGGAAAUUCGGUGACUUUAAUUUUGGAUUGUGAGCAACAGUUUACACAGGAACUAAAAAGAAAUACAACAAUAAGUAAAUCAGGAAUAUUAUUGGUUGGGCAACAGUUAGAUGAGACAUAUUAUUCGGGAGAUAUUCAAGAGUUGAAACUGUAUUCGACGCCUGAUGCUGCGUAUGAUAAUUGUGAAAUUUGGAAUGAAUUAUGCAAUAAAACAACUUUCAACAAUAAUUUGGAAGUCUCAGAAAAUAUUAACGAAAUUGAAUCAACUACAACUUAUAUCAUGUCAAAUACUAAUACUAGUAUUACAAUAAAUAGAAGUGAAAACAGUAUAGAUCCAGUGCUUGAAAAUCAAAAUACUUGUUUUCCGUCAAUUCGAGGAUAUCCGGGACCACCUGGAGAAAUAGGAUUAGCAGGUCCAAAAGGAGAACCAGGUCGUGAUGGUAUUGAUGGAUUUACUGGAAUACAAGGACCUCCUGGACAUGUAUUUUUAAUUCCUCUCAACCAAAAUCAAGGAGAUAAAGGCCCAGAUAGUCAGAUUGAAAUGUUUAAACAAAUGAUUUCGCAACAUAUGAUGUCAAUGAGAGGAAGUGAUGGACCUAUGGGUUUAAUUGGCGUUACAGGACCGGAAGGAACACCAGGCCCCGAAGGCUCAAAAGGUGAUUCUGGAGAACAAGGCGAACAAGGACCAAGAGGUAUAAGAGGAAUGCCAGGACCGCCAGGCCGCGAUGGUCACAGGGGCAGACCUGGUAGAGAUGGAGAACGAGGAACAACUGGUCCACCUGGCGUUAAAGGAGAACCAGGAGUCUCGGGAGUCGUAGGCUUACCAGGAGAAAAAGGCGAUCGAGGAUUUCCAGGCCAAAUUGGUGAAGCUGGUUCUCGAGGAAAUGAUGGACCUCGAGGAGAAGAAGGUCCUCAAGGAAUAGCUGGUAUACCGGGAGAAAUGGGUCCAAGAGGAUUUUCAGGACCACGUGGAUUUCCUGGUUUACCAGGUCCUCCUGGUGUACCUGGAUCUGAAGGCCCCGCAGGACCAAAAGGAACUACAGGAAAUACAGGAAAUCUUGGUCCUCCAGGACAAAUUGGUCCUACCGGCCCAAUUGGAAGCACAGGACCUCCAGGUGCAUUGGGCCCUCCUGGUAAUCAAGGUCCUCAAGGAAAACCUGGACUUCCAGGAUUACCCGGAGUAGAUGGAGCACCUGGUCAUCCAGGAAACACUGGAAUAGCAGGUUCAAAAGGUGAUAUUGGUCCACCAGGUGCACCAGGUUCAGUUGGUUUUCCAGGAUCACGAGGAGUAAAAGGUGACAUUGGUGUUCGAGGUUUACCAGGAGAAAAAGGCGACAAAGCUGAACGAGGCGCUGAUGGAGAAAAAGGGGAUCAAGGUGUUAAAGGGGAGCCUGGAAUAGCUGGAUCAUCAGGUCUUGUGGGUAUUGAAGGACCUGAAGGACCAAAAGGAUCAGAAGGACCUCGAGGUGAGAGCGGCAGUAUUGGAGCACAAGGCGAAAAAGGUAAACCUGGACCAAACGGUUUGCCAGGAUAUCCAGGAUCUCCUGGUGAAAAAGGUGAUAAAGGAUUAUAUGGAAAAGAUGGUACUCCUGGAGAAAAAGGGGAACGUGGUAAUACUGGACUACCAGGAGAAAGAGGAGAGAUAGGACCCCGUGGAUUUCGAGGUGCUAGAGGGCGUGCUGGAACUGAUGGAAUUCCUGGAUCAAAAGGUGAUACUGGCCAGCCUGGCGCAACGGGUCCUAUUGGAGAACGAGGAAUACCCGGUGCGGAUGGGUUAAGAGGUUUUACUGGACCCCCCGGGGCUUCUGGUCCUAGCGGUAAAGAUGGUCUUCCAGGUUUUCCAGGAGAAAGAGGUCCACCAGGGGACACUGGACCAAUAGGUAUUACUGGCGUCCCUGGAGUUAUUGGCACCCCAGGACAACCAGGAGAGGCGGGAUCCAUGGGUGAACCUGGACCAUCUGGACAGCCUGGUUUACCGGGUGAGCCAGGAAGACCUGGUGAUUCUGGAAAAGAAGGACUUCCGGGACCAGUUGGAUUACCAGGAAAACCUGGAGAACCAGGUUCUCCAGGAUUACCUGGCUUUCCAGGAGAAAGAGGUUUACCAGGAACAGCUGGAGUUAUUGGUCUUAAAGGAGAUAUGGGACCUCAAGGAUUACCAGGGUCAUCUGGUGAUAAAGGACAACAAGGAGAAAUUGGAAAAGAAGGACCACAGGGUUCUGAAGGACGUAAAGGACCUCCUGGUGUAGCUGGUUCCGUUGGUUUAAAAGGAGAUAAAGGUGAAAUCGGACUUCCAGGUCCAAUAGGAAAUGAUGGCUCUGUAGGAGCUAGGGGAGUUCCAGGUCCACCUGGUCCUGUUGGUCCACCUGGAGAUGAUGGAGAUAAAGGUGAAAUUGGUAUUCCUGGAGAAAAAGGAUUUAAGGGAUCUAAAGGAGAAAUAGGUCCUGUUGGUGGACUAGGAAAUCCAGGUCUCAGAGGAGAAAUCGGUCCAAUAGGAUUACCCGGAGAAAAAGGACCACCUGGUGACUUAGGAAGACAAGGAACUAAAGGAGAAGUAGGACCCCCGGGAUUAAUAGGACCACCUGGUCCUCCCGGAACUCAAGGCUUACCAGGACUUAUAGGAUCAAAAGGUGAAGCUGGGGAUAUUGGUGCUAAAGGACCUGUUGGAGCUCCAGGAGCACCAGGUGAAAUCGGACCAAGGGGGUUAAAAGGUGUGGAAGGACAGCAAGGAUUAAUGGGCACUGAAGGUCCCCCAGGCCCUAAAGGGGAACCAGGUUUAACUGGUUUUCCAGGUCCACAAGGCCUCGAUGGAAAGCACGGUGACCGUGGUCCUAUUGGUCCCAAAGGCGAUGAUGGUAAAAUAGGACCACAAGGUUCAAUCGGGCCAAGAGGUAACAUAGGUCCGGAAGGCCCUAAAGGCAAUGCAGGAGUACCAGGAUUCCCAGGUAUUCAAGGAGAACCUGGAAUACAAGGACCAAAAGGUGAUAGAGGGAAAGAUGGAGAUGAUGGGAAACAAGGCCCUCCAGGGCUUCCAGGCGAUAUAGGGUCUACAGGAAAACCUGGAGUCAUUGGUCCACCAGGACGAAAUGGUAAUGAAGGGCCGCCGGGACCACAAGGUAGUUCUGGUUCUCCUGGUGAAAAAGGCGAUCAAGGACUAUCAGGUGGUACUGGUUUACCAGGACCAGUUGGGAUCCCAGGACCUCCUGGUAUACAAGGACUUCAAGGACCAAUGGGAUCUCCAGGACAAGCAGGAGAUGUUGGACAUCCAGGAAAACCCGGCCAGAUCGGUGAAACUGGAAAAAUUGGAGAUACAGGUCCUCAAGGAGAAAAAGGAGAAAGAGGAAAACGAGGUCCAAAAGGUCAUCCUGGAGAUAUGGGACCAGUAGGAAUAAAAGGUCAUGAAGGAGAGAAAGGUGACAAAUGUGAACGCGGCGACCGUGGCGUAGAAGGACCAAAAGGAGAAAUGGGUCCAAUUGGAGUACCUGGAGCUAAAGGAAAUGAUGGUCCACCAGGAAUUCCUGGUGUUGAAGGUUUGACUGGACCUAAAGGAAUUGAAGGGGUAGCAGGAAAUAAGGGUGAACAGGGGCUUCCAGGCCCACCUGGUCCUCCGGGACCACCGGGAGAAGCGCCAAUGAUUCCACCUGAGUUAUCAGGAUACCAGCAAAGCUCUUUAGCACGUUGGAGAAGAGAAAUUAUGAAUAACGAAGCCAAUAAUAUAAGUUCAGAAUUUUCUAAUAUUAAUAAUAUCACAUUAGGAACAAAUGAAAACAUUUCCGACGACCCAAAAUACAUUGAUAUUGUCAGUUCAAUUUACGUAAUGAGGCAAGAUUUAGAAAGAAUUAAAAAACCUAUUGGAACCCGAGAAAACCCAGUAAUGACAUGUAAAGAUUUAUUUUACGGACAUCCCCAAUUCAAAGAUGGAUGGUAUUGGAUAGACCCUAACUUGGGAAUGCCAUUUGAUGCUGUAUAUGUAUACUGUAAUAUGAGCAGCGGAGGUGAAACGUGCGUGUUUCCUGACAUCCAUUCUAGUCAGAUGCCAAACAUUCCGUGGCGAAAGGAAGCCGAUAAAACAGACUGGUACUCAAACUUAAGAGGUGGUUUUAAAAUAACAUACGAAGCGGUUGGACCCGUCCAAAUGAAUUUUCUUCGGCUUUUAAGUCAAAGUAGCUAUCAAAAUUUUACUUAUACGUGUAUUAAUAGCGCUGCUUGGUUUAACACAAAAACCAACUCAUAUGACAUGGCAAUUAAGUUCAUGGGAGAUAGCCAGGUGAUGUUCUCCUCAGAGCUUGGAUCUCCAAAAAUUGACGUUAGAUUUGACGGGUGCAAGACACGAAAAUCAAAGAGCGAAACAAUUUUUGAAAUUCGCACCAAUAAACUUAACAGUUUACCACUUACAGACUUCUAUCCAAUCGAUUAUGGUUCUCCGCAUCAAGCAUUUGGAUUUGAAGUGGGUCCAGUAUGCUUCAAAUAGAUAAUAUUUUCAAUACCUUGGAUUAAUUAUUGUAUAAUCAUACACUUUAGGAGUAUAAUCAUUCAAUAUUUAUUUUAAAUCAUAAAUAAUAGAAUUAAAAGUAAUUAGUUUACCAAAAAAAUUGCUGUAUUACGAAUUUUAUGUUAUAGCCAUAACUUAAAUUUAUUAAUUUUAUCUGUAAUAAAUAAUUAUUGUUUUUACGUACACUACUUUAAGAGAAAUUUUAUACAUUAAAAAAUAAAUUUGAAUAAA